AUGAAGGCCGGAGGCCCGCAGAACUACACUUGGAAUGUGUUACGAUCCGAGGCAGACAGCAUACUGUUCCGUUAUGCCGGAAAGUGCGGUUGCAAAACUUUUGAUGGCGUGAAGGUCACUUCCUUAGAGUUUCAAGCGACUGAGCCGUCAGUAAACGGCAGCGUUCGCGCUCCCGAGUCUGCAUCUUGGACACGAAGAGACAGAAGCACCGGGAGCAUUCGGUUUGAAUAUCUGGUGGACGCAAGUGGGCGAGCCGGAUUAAUGAGCACGAAGUAUUUGAAGAAUCGACGGUACAACGAAGGGCUGAAAAACACGGCCACAUGGGGCUACUUCAAAAAAGCUGCAACAUAUGGUGUAGGCACCUCUAUGGAAGGCUCUCCCUACUUCAGUCGUCUCGAAGACGCUUCCGGCUGGACCUGGGCGAUUCCCCUUCACAACGGAACAACCUCCGUUGGUGUUGUUCAACACCAGAACAUUGUCAAGGCGAAAAAGCAAGCAAAGGGAUCGCCAUCAUCCAAAGACUACUUUCUAAGCUGUCUGCAUGAAGUGUCUGGGAUUAUGGACCUUAUAGAAGGUGCGGAGCUCGUCUCUGAGGUCAGAUCCGCGUCGGAUUGGUCGUAUAAUGCGUCCUCUUAUGCGGAUGCCAACGUGCGCAUAAUUGGGGACGCUGGGUGCUUCAUCGACCCACUCUUCUCAUCUGGCGUUCACCUUGCUCUUCUUGGGGCUCUGUCUGCGGCGAUCACAAUUUGUGCGUCCACGAAGGGCCAGUGCAGCGAGCGGGCUGGCGGUGAGUGGCACUCCAAGAAAGUUCGCGAGGCAUACACACGCUUCUUGCUAGUUGUGAGCAGUGCAUAUGGUCAAAUGACCCACAAGGACCGUCCUAUACUUAAUGAGCUCGGCGAGAACAGCUUUGAUCGAGCUUUUGACAUAUUCCGGCCGAUAAUUCAAGGAACAGUUGACGCGAAUGAAAAAAUUGCCGAGAAAGAGGUUCAGGAGUCCAUCGAGUUUUGUGUUCGUGUCCUUCAGAAAAUUGAUCAUGAGCAAUUCGGCGUCGACACAGAAAGUGCAAGAGCUGGCCACAUGUUCCAACAAGACGAAGUUCAGAAUAUGAAGCAUAUUAUCAUGAACGCAAAUGAGACAUUCACACUCGACAGCUUCGGGGCCGAUGUCAUUGAUGGAAUGACCGCUAACUUAAAAAGAGGGUUUUUGGGCCUGGAAAUUGUUGGCGAGACUUGUUCACAUUGA